AAAAGGGACUGACCAUGAUUCUUCUGGAGCUCCUGUUGGUGAUAGUGAGUUGUAGUUCUGUAGAGAAGAGGAUGGCUUCCCAAGUGCGUCAGAACUACCACAAGGUCUGUGAGGAUGGUGUCAACAAGCAGAUUAACAUGAAGCUCUAUUCCUCCUAUGUUUAUCUCUCCAUGUCCUUUUACUUUGACCGGGAUGAUGUUGCCCUGCAUCACUUUGCUGAGUUCUUCAGGAAGCAGUCCCAUGAGGAACAGGAACGUGCUGAGAAACUGUUGGAAUUCCAGAAUCGGCGUGGAGGCCGGAUUUUGCUUGAGGACAUCAAGAAGCCAGAGCAGGAUGAGUGGAGCAAUGGUCUGGAGGCAAUGCAGAGAGCUCUGCAGAUGGAGAAGGAUGUGAACCAGAGUCUGCUGGAUCUACACAAACUCUCCACUCGGCACACUGACCCUCAUCUGUGUGACUUCCUAGAGAGCCACUACCUGGAUGAGCAAGUGAAGAUGAUCAAGAAUCUUGGAGAUCACAUCACCAACCUGAAGAGACUGGGAGCUCCUGAGAAUGGCCUGGCAGAGUACCUGUUUGACAAGCUCUCCCUGGAGGAAAACUGAAACCUCUAGUCAGAAUUCUAGUUUGUGAUUAGUACCAAGCUAAUGGAGUGUUAUGGUUGAAAAUAAACGGUUCAAUAGUGUACUC